AUGUUGGAGGCGUCAAGCAAUGUUCUGAAUGUUCUAGAAUCUCUGCCAGUUCUGAUCGAGACUUCGACUUUCUUUGUCUGGUUUUUUUCUGUAUGUUAGUCUGUUAUAUCUUAAAAUAGUGGUAAAAAAUAGCUCGGAGAAAAAGACGAUAACAGGUCGAAAAAUGCUCAAAUCCAUGUGGAUUCACGCGAGUUGGAAACAAAAGCUAAAAAUUCAUUUUUGAAUUGAAUUUUUUUUUUUUGACUGUUUUUGGGAUUUCGGAGUUUCCCUCAUUUUUUUGGAAGAAGAAAUCCGAAGAGUUGCAGUUUGCAUUCUUUGUCCGUUUCCUGCACAUCUUCUCAACGACGGAACCUCCGCGGGUGACCUACACCCAGAAGUGCCACAGCGAGAUACGACGUAUUCUCGAAGAGUUGCCGAUCCUCCAACAGCCGUCAGUUUCAUCCAUUCUCUUGAAACUGAUAAAAAAAAAAAUCAAAACUGAAGAUUGAAUAGAGCGUGACUAACAAUUAGGGAUGAAAAACAUUGAACAAAGCUAGUAUCGGUUUUGAAACGUGAAACUUGGAUCGUAAAGCGGAAAAACUGGCAAGGCGACACGGCUGACUUUUAUCCCAAUUUACUCCGUCUAAAAUUUCAAUUUUGACCGUUUUUAACGGUCUAAUCAACGUCUUCAAGGAGUUUGAAUAUUUAUCACCCUGUAUGUUCAUGCAGAUACCGUCCUCCGUUGCUCUGGGGUCGAUCUGGACACAUUCAAACUGCAGCUUAUGGAAUUCUGGGCCACGUCACGCUAAGGUUUGUUCUGUUAGGCAAUUGAAAAGGUUUUUCAUUUUUAUCAACAAAAUUAAACGGUUAUCCCAGUUUGAUACGUUCUCCAUUGGAAUCGAAAAGUUGCUCUCAAAACUUUUGCACUCUCCUUUUUUUCCCAACGUUUUAUCUUUCUCUUCGAUGAAACAAAAAUUUCACAGAAGGAGCGCUGAUCAAAGGGUUUCGCUUGGUCUUUCGGACGGCUCUACGGUGACCUUCGAUAUCUACGAGCCUCUGAAAGUCCACCAGGUGAGUAAAGUUGAAAUCAAAAAUAAUCAGAUGGGAAAGGAAAGAUUGAUGAUACUUUAGAGCGGACACGACGUCACGCUGGCUUUGACUCCCGGAAUCGCCAAUUCCAGCGAGAGCAACUACAUUCGCACAUGCGUUCAUUAUGCACAGGAGAACGGGUCCGUUUGUAUUUUUGAACUUUCCAAGUACGUUCUAAAGAGUUUCGUAAACCAUAGAUGCGAAAUUUUCUAAGGUAUAGUCCGUUUAUCGCGACUUGAAAGGGUGGGACUUCUCUGCGCCCUCCUCGUCUCUCGACGACCCUCUCUUUUCGAUGCGCUAUUUUCACGUUUCUCUAACCUCGCCGGUGAGGGAACAGAGAGACGCAGACACGCGCAACUGUCAAGUCGCGUCAGACGGACUAUAAAUGAAUAUCGCAUGCGAUACCUAUUCUGUCUAAGGUUCCGAUGUGUCGUUCUCAACCACAUAGGGGCGAUCGCUGAUGUGCAAGUGACGGGUAAUCGUAUCUUCACCUACGGUCAGCUUUAAAACGUCUUAAAGAGACAUACUUGGCCCAAUUGCAGGAGGCAUCGAAGAGCUGACAAUAAUGAUGGCUUACAUGAUGGACAGGUGUCCAAAGGCAAAGUUCAUAAAUAUUGGCUUUUCCAUGGGAGGAAACAUAACCACACGCUACCUCGUAUACAUGCCUGAAAACCACAGGCAGUUCUGAAUCGAGGAAAAAUUCAAAAAAUGACUUUCAGAGACAGAGUUUUGCUGGGCCUUUCGGUGUGCCAAGGAUACUCGGCGACCAACUCGACUCCCAUGUACCACGACUGGGAGAACGGCCGACGGGCCUACAACUACAUGAUCACAGAAAACAUGAAACGGCUGCUCCGACGCAACUACGAAGAGGUCGUCAAGCCGUACGUGCUGAAUGGUCUCGUCGACGAGCAGGUAGUUCCUUUCCAAGGAAUAAAGUGUUUCAAGAAAACAGAUACCACAAAACCAAGAAAAAAAAGAAAGAUCAAUCGCCACAGAGCUGAAAACUCGAGUGGAAGUAGAUCAGGGCAUUCAAAAAGUUACACUGUGGGAACCGUCCAGUGUCGCAAAAAUUCUCAAUUAUCAAAAAUUUUAAUUAUGCUUACGUAGAAAAUCUUUUGAAACCGUUUUUAGUAUCUAUGUCAUUAUAGUUGGUUUCCUAUCUCGAAAAAAGUGCAUAAAAUUUUAAAUUCGAAACAAAAAAAAGUUCUUUUGUGGUUUAGAAACUUUGGUCUUGCACUUCUAUCAUUGCCCUCGACGAGUACUACUCCCGAAAAAUCACAGGUCACUCAAACCUGCCCGACUUCUAUGCCAGUGUUGACUGUCUGCCGAUUCUCGACCAAGUUCAGGUCUUUCAUCAUCUCUUUGCUCGUUCAAUCUUAACCCUAGGUUCCAAUGGUGUUCCUCAACGCUGAGGACGAUCCGAUUGUCCCAAAAAAACUUUGGGAACCCGUUAAGGUAAGAAAAAUCCUAAAGACUCGGACAUUGCUAACGCGAAACGGACGUGCUCCGGAAGCUUCCGGGGGAUUCUAGGAAUCACUUAGGAGUGCUGAGGCUACUAAAGUGGUCACUAGAAAUGCCCCGACACGUUCGAUUUGCGUUACCAAGGUCAGAAGAUGUUUUCAGCAGAAAAGGAUAUUGAUCCGAAAAAAAAUUAAAUGCUAAUCGCCAAGUCUAAUACAGAGAAAAGGUUUAAAAACUGCUCUUCUCGGAAUUUUCGUAUCAGAAAGUUUGUUCUUAUAUCCAGAGCGGCCGUUUUCGAAUCUCGAAAUCCGACAAAAAAAGAAAGAAAUAUUUCCUAACAAAAAAAAAUCGUAUUUCAAACUGAGAAUCGAUUGCAGUCUAUGGCGGCGGAUCGAGUAAAUUUGGCGUUUAUCAGUUGCAAACAUGGCGGACAUCUCGGAUUUCUAGAAGGAAGUUCCCUGGCACCCAACUCCAUCACUUGGAUUGACCGCUUCAUUAUUCAGCUAGCUAACCAGUCGGUUCUCGUCUGCACAUGA